CGGGCCACUCGCAAAAUCGAAAGGGCCGCCCGCAAAGCCCUAGGCCAAACAACCUCAGCAAGAAGAAUCGACAGCAAAAAAAGUUCACAAGCUGGGCAGGGAACUUUUCUCAAUAACCGAACCACACUUACCACCUACCCACCCUAGACAUAACCAAUCACCCCGCCACGCCCGCACUCUAGCAACCAUCCUCCCAGCACCGCCUUGAUUUGCGUCCAACAUGGCCAACCCAAGAGUCGAGGAACUUCCUGAUGACGAACCUAAGAAGGUCACGAUAGAAGAGCACGAUGACGACGAGAGCUCCGACUCCGAGAUCGAGGUUGGCGAGGGUGGUCCCUCCGGCUCCACUGCCGUCAUUCACUCCCGCAACGAGAAGAAGGCCCGGAAGGCCAUCGAGAAACUCCACCUGACCCGCGUCCCUGGCAUCACCCGUGUCACCCUGCGACGACCGAAGAACAUCCUGUUUGUGAUCAACAACCCAGAGGUCUACAAGUCCCCCAACAGCAACACCUACAUUGUCUUUGGUGAGGCCAAGAUUGAGGAUCUCAACUCGGCUGCCCAGCAAGCUGCUGCACAAUCGCUCGCCGCCCAGGGUGGCGACCAUGACCACGACCACGCCGGCCACGAUCACAGCCACGGCGCACCUGCCAAGGCGGUUGAGGGUACCGAGGAGAAGAAGGACGACGAUGACGAUGACGAAGAAAUCGACGCCGAAGGGCUCGAGGACAAGGACAUCGAACUUGUGAUGACCCAAGCCAACGUCAACCGGAACAAGGCCAUCAAGGCCCUCAAAGAAAACGACAACGACAUAGUCAAUUCGAUCAUGGCAUUGAGCGUCUGAUUGUGAGGGCAGACGUCGAGGUUGAGGUCAGGCUGUAUCUGCCGCUGUGGUUGUAGCAAGG